AAACUGCUUGAGAGUUUUAUACUGUGAGGUGCCAGGUGGCUGAUAUGAAGAACAUUUAUGAAUCUCUUGAUGAGGUUACUAUUAAAGACACCUUAGAAGGUGACAACAUGUACACUUGUUCUCAUUGUGGAAAGAAAGUACGAGCCGAAAAAAGGGCAUGUUUUAAGAAAUUGCCUCGCAUUCUCAGUUUCAAUACUAUGAGGUAUACAUUUAAUAUGGUCACGAUGAUGAAAGAGAAAGUGAAUACACACUUUUCCUUCCCUUUACGUUUGGAUAUGACCCCCUAUACAGAAGAUUUUCUCAUGGGAAAGAGUGACAGGAAAGAAGGCUUUAAGGAAGUCAAUGAUCAUUCAAAAGAGACAGAAAGCUAUGAGUAUGACUUGAUUGGAGUGACCGUCCACACAGGAACAGCAGAUGGUGGACACUAUUAUAGUUUCAUCAGAGACAUAGUCAAUCCUCAUGCUUAUAAAAACAACAAAUGGUAUCUUUUUAAUGAUGCUGAGGUAAAACCUUUUGAUUCUGCUCAACUUGCCUCUGAAUGUUUUGGUGGUGAGAUGACGACGAAGACCUAUGAUUCUGUUACAGAUAAGUUUAUGGAUUUCUCCUUUGAAAAGACACAUAGUGCAUAUAUGCUGUUUUACAAACGCAUGGAACCAGAAGAAGAAAAUGGCAAAGAAUACAAAUUUGAUGUUUCAUCAGAGUUACUGGAGUGGAUCUGGCAUGAUAAUAUGCAGUUUCUUCAAGACAAAAAUAUUUUUGAACACACAUAUUUUGGGUUUAUGUGGCAGUUGUGUAGUUGUAUUCCAAGUACAUUGCCAGAUCCUAAAGCAGUGUCCCUAAUGACGGCAAAGUUAAGUACUUCCUUUGUCCUAGAGACAUUUAUUCAUUCAAAAGAGAAGCCUACAAUGCUUCAGUGGAUUGAACUACUGACCAAGCAGUUUAAUAAUAGUCAAGCAGCUUGUGAGUGGUUUUUAGACCGCAUGGCUGAUGAUGACUGGUGGCCAAUGCAGAUACUAAUUAAGUGUCCUAAUCAAAUUGUGAGACAGAUGUUUCAGCGUUUGUGUAUCCAUGUGAUUCAGAGACUGAGACCUGUGCAUGCUCAUCUCUAUCUGCAACCAGGAAUGGAAGAUGGGUCUGAUGAUAUGGAUGCCUCAGUAGAAGAUAUCGGUGGCCGUUCUUGUGUCACUCGAUUUGUGAGAACUCUGCUAUUAAUUAUGGAACAUGGUGUAAAACCUCACAGCAAACAUCUUACAGAGUAUUUUGCCUUCCUUUAUGAAUUUGCCAAAAUGGGUGAAGAAGAGAGCCAGUUUUUGCUUUCCUUGCAAGCCAUAUCUACAAUGGUACAUUUUUACAUGGGAACCAAAGGACCUGAAAAUGUAAGUGUAAUUCUAUCUUAUUCCAGGCAUGUGGGGGUCAUUUCCCAGUAAUUGUCAACAUGCAAAGUCUUGUGACACU